AUGAAGGCGUUCAAGAGUUUCUUGAACAAACGUCGCCAGAGCUUCCAGAACCGCAAAUCGAAACCGGCAGAACAACCUUCCGCCCCUGCCAAAGCCGACAGUCUCAUCGAGACGUCAGCACCAGCGCCAGCGCCGGCGUCCCAGGCCAAUGGUGACCAACAACAAGUGUUAGCUGAAGCUGCCCCCGGAACCCUUCAGCUCGCACUCCAGAACAAGUCUAGCUCCAGCACAGUAUAUGCAUACAUCACUGGCCUCGCCCUCGAGCGGGGAAACACGCCGAUUUUUAUCCAGUCAGACGGCCAGACUGUGUACUAUCCCGUAGGGCCCAGUGAGAUCCUGCAACCACUCCAGGCUGACGUCGCCAUUCCGCUCGGUAACCCCGGGAAUACUGUUAAUGUCAGAAUACCAAAGAUUGCUGGUGGUCGCAUCUGGUUCAGCAUCGGUGCGAAGCUCACCUUCCGGCUCAACCCCGGCCCUGCUGUCGUCGAGCCCAGCGUAACCAACCCUAGUGAUCCAAACUUCAACAUCGACUGGACCUUCUGCGAAUUUACCUACAACGAUGCACAGCUUUUUGCUAACAUCAGUUAUGUCGACUUUGUCAGCAUCCCAGUUGCGAUGAGCCUUACCAACACCCAAGGUCAGACGCAGAGCGUACCAGGCAUGGGCCCUGAUGGACCGAAAGUGUUGCAGGACAGACUACGCGCCCAAGCAAAAAGUGAUGGGCGCCCUUGGGACAAGUUGAUUUACGAGAAUAAUGGCCGUGCAUUGCGAGUUCUGAGUCCGAACAACCUACUUGUCGGCAAUGCGGAUGCGUGGGGUAAUUACUGGGAUGGCUACGUCCAAGCAGUGUGGAACAAGUUCCGCAAUGAAGAUAUGAUCAUCAACACACAAGCUGCUGCUGGUAACCUGCGAGGUCGCGUCCAGGGCAACGAGCUUCAGCUUGGCGAGGCGGGUUCUUUCACUGCGCCGACAGCAAGAGACAUUUUUACUUGCAGCACUGGACCUUUCCAAACCGGUUCCAACCAGGCUCGCAAUGCAGUCAUUCCUCGUCUUGCAGCUGCCUUCAACAGAAGUAUUCUACUCAACACACCUGGCAAUCAAUUUCCUAAUGGCAGCAACCCAAGCCAAUACUACAAAGACCCGACGACGAACCACUACUCACGCAUUUUGCACGAGAUUCAGAAGGAUGGACGCGGUUACGCUUUCCCCUACGAUGAUGUAGUCCCAGACGGUGGUCAGGAUGUUGCAGGAACCAUCUUUGAUGGAAGCCCGCAGCUGUUUACAAUUGCUGUAGGCGGUAAUCAGUAG